AUGUUGUCUGCUUCUAAUCAAACUCCAAUUGAAAUUUUGCAAGAAUAUGCUAGCAAAAGGGCUCUAAUAGUACACUACGAAAUGGUGGCAAAUGAAGGUGAAGCACACGAACCAAUUUACGUCUUUCAAUGUAGAGUUGGUAAAGUAUCAGCCUGUGGGAAAGGUCCAAGCAAGAAAAAGGCCAAACAUCUUGCGGCCUAUUACGUUCUUUUGCAAGUGAUCAGUCAGAAUCCAACUUCACACGCAGAUAGGGCAGCUCUGAGCUCAAUGAAAGGUUCACUUGCCGUGCUUGGGAUUGAUAUUAACGGUGACGCUUCAAAUAUAAAUAGUCUGAGCGCUGCAGCAACUCGAGUGCAAGUUAAUUACGUCAGUAAAGUUCAAGAAUACUGCGACAAAAACAUGUGGCCACCUCCUACUUAUGAAUUCAAAGACUCCCCAGAUUCAAUUAUCCUAGGAGGGAAGUUCCAAUGCAAGAUACUCCUAUGGCGGUGGGAGUUUAUUGCUUACGGCAACUCUAAAAAGGAGGCUAAACGGAAAGUUGCAGCGGAGUUUGUUAAGGAAGUAAUCGAACGGGGAUUAACUAUCCCUAGUGAAGCGAUCGAAGCAAUGGAGGAAGAAAACCUGCCUUUAGUUGACAAACAAGAUCUCAACAAGUUGAAAGUUAGACAGAGCACUCAGGAGACGGCAAAUAAAUUGACACGAAAAAUUCUUUCUGGGAUUUACACUGCUAAAGGAAGGGUAUUAAAUGUUAAUGGGGAAAAUUUAUCCUCCCCUGUUCUAGACAUUUAUGCUGAACUUCAGCGAGUGCUGGAAGAGAAUAGUAUCACAGUUUUCUAUUCCUAUAUAGCCAAGACCAAAUCAGGUGAGUUUAAUCAGUGUAGAAAUAACGUAAUGUUUUUUAUGAAACGAAGAUACAGUAUUUACUUCAUAUUUCUGUAUGAAAUUAGGUUUCGAACUCUUCUCCUAUACAUAAAUUUAUUGUCAUAA